CUAAAACUGCACAACUUGCAAGAGGAAGUGAAAAGGUGCGCCUGAGUUGCAGCUAGGGGGCGCAGUCUGUUGUGGUUUGUGGCCAGCAGCCCUUUGCCUGAGCGAUCCUCGACGCCCUUGAAGGACCGGUGUUGUUUGCACGCCCAACUUUGUGGACAAAUUUUUAGAACCGUUGGUUGCACCAAAGACAUGGCGGCUUCGAAAGUCGCGAGCUUCUCUCAAAACCUGUGCAGUAUUCGCCCAGAUGUGGCACAUGCUCGUUUGAGCAAGGAUAGGAGUUGCGGUGCAACAUGGAGCCCUCCAGUUAUUCCCCGCACAUUCCAACCCCCAAAAGCUGCUCUGGGUUUGGCUCUCGAGUCAAGCCUAUUCGGUGGCUCGUCUCUACAUCUUUGCUCGGCAAAGAGCACUGCAUUCCUGGGCGCCAGUCUCACUCGGUUGCAGCAAUGCCAGGGGCGGCCCGGCCCAGGCUCUCGGCGAGGGGGUGCCUUGAGCACUCAGGCGGCAGUCUUUGACCAGCUGUCAAUCAGCUUAGAGAAUGCAUGGAAGAAGCUAGCAAAUGAAGACAAGAUCACAUCGGACAAUAUCAAAGAGCCCAUGAAAGAGGUCCGGAGGGCUCUUCUGGAAGCAGAUGUCAGUCUGCCCGUGGCUCGUCGUUUCGUCACGAAUGUGCAGUCCAAGGCAAUUGGCCAAGAGGUGGCGAAAGGAGUCAAACCGCAGCAGCAGCUUAUCAAGGUUGUGGCUGAUGAGCUCAAAGCACUGAUGGGGCUGGAGCUUGCCCCGUUGGUGUAUUCCCGGAUUGGUCCCACUGUCAUCCUUCUGGCUGGGUUGCAAGGAGUGGGAAAGACCACGGCCGCGGGAAAGCUGGCUCUCUACCUCAAGAAGCAGGACAAGAAGGUUCUUAUGGUCGCCACGGACGUGUACCGACCCGCAGCCAUUGACCAGCUCGUGACGUUGGGAAAGCAAGUGGACGUGCCAGUCUUUGAAAUGGGCACCACCGCGAAGCCACCCGAAAUUGCAAGGAAAGGCCUGGCGGAGGCCAAGCGGAUCAAGGCAGACGUUGUUCUAGUGGACACAGCAGGGCGGCUGCAGAUCAACAAGGACAUGAUGAAUGAGUUGAAGGAGAUCAAGAAGGCAGUGAAGCCUACCGAGAUUCUUCUUGUGGUGGACGCCAUGACGGGACAAGAAGCAGCCGGCCUGGUGGCGUCGUUCAACCAGGAGGUGGGGAUCACUGGGGCGAUCCUGACGAAACUAGACGGAGAUUCACGGGGUGGCGCUGCGCUGAGCGUCAAGGAGGUCUCUGGCAAACCGAUCAAGUUCACUGGAGAGGGGGAGGCCAUGACUGCGCUGGAGCCGUUCUACCCAGAGCGCAUGGCGCAGCGCAUCCUGGGUAUGGGCGACGUGCUGACGCUCGUGGAGAGGGCCGAGGAAGCGAUGAUGACGGAAGAGAGUGCUAGAAUCGCAGAGCGCAUGAUGUCGGCCAAGUUCGACUUCACGGACAUGCUCAAGCAGACAGAGAUGAUUGCGCGCUUCGGCUCCAUGUCCGCGUUCCUCAAGCUCAUGCCCGGGAUGAACAAGCUGAGCAACACGGAGAUCAGAGAGGCCGAGAAGAACGCCAAGACGAUGCGGGCCGUCAUCCACAGCAUGACGGUCGACGAGCGUGCCAAGCCGGACCUCCUGGCGUCGUCCCCCUCCCGGCGGCGGCGGAUCGCCAAGGGCUGCGGCAAGACGGAAAGACAGGUGAGCGAGGUGAUCCAGCAGCUCUUCACGAUGCGCGCGCGGAUGCAGAACCUGUCGGCGAUCAUGAGCGGGAAGACGGCCAUGCCAGGGAUGGGCGAUCUUCAGGCGGCCAUCUCAGGCGGACGCAAAGCUGCGCCAGGUACGGCCAAGCGGAAAAAGAAGCGGUCCUUGUUGGAUUCCGCCAGUGAAAUUAGCAGGAGGGAACCGGUCGCGAUCGCGGGGAGGAGAUGAGCAGGAACAUCACUGUCGCGAAGAUUCUUGUAACAUUAUACACACAAAUGGGUUGGGGAUAGGCGUUGUCGACUUCUUUUGCAUGUUGCUAUAAACACAUGAUCAGGCUUGUUCAAUCAACUGUCGAGAUCUUGAUUUACCAAGUCGGUUGCGCAUGGCACGGACAGGGCCCAGACAGGCCCGGCCUCUCAUGCCCGUAGUAUAAGCACGCACGAUUCAUUUGCAUGCCCGAAUAAUGGCC